AUGGCGGCGCCCAGCGCGCGCGCCGACGCCGAGCGGGACAGGCAAGGGGCGGGGCCUGAGGCUCUGGGCACGCCCCUGGGCACGCCCCCAGAGCCCGCGGAGCUUCCCCUCCCACGUGGGGACAGCCCGGAGCCGGAGCCCGGAUUGGAGGAAUGGAGGAUUCCCCCUUUCGAUUUUGGGGGCCCCCCCCGGCCCGUGUGGGGGGCACGGCAGGAAUUCGCCCACAGAGCCCAGAACUUCCUGAGGGGCUGCAAGUGGGCCCCCGACGGCUCCUGCGUGCUGACCUGCAGCGAUGACAACGUCCUGCGGAUCUUCGACCUCCCCUCGCCCCCAGCGCCCCCCAGCGGGCUGCCCCUGCCUGAACUGGCCCCAGCACUGAGGCUGCCUGAGGGGGACUCCAUUUAUGACUUCACCUGGUUCCCACUGAUGGACUCCAACCAGCCCCACACCUGCCUGGUGGCCUCCAGCAGCAGGGACAACCCUGUGCACCUCUGGGAUGCCUUCGAUGGGACCCUGAGAGGCUCCUUCCGAGCCUACACCCACCUGGAGGAGCUGGUGGCUCCCCACUCCUUGGCCUUCACCCCUGAUGGCUCCCAGCUGCUGGGAGGCUUCGAUGGAUCCCUCAGGAUCUUCCCCACGGAGCGGCCUGGGCGCCAGUGCCACCAGUGGCAGCUGCACCGGGGCGGGCAGGGCCAGCGCGGCCUGAUUGGCUGCCUGGCGGUGAGCCCCAGCCAAUCGCUGGUGGCUGCCGGCUCCUAUGGGCGGAGCCUGGCGCUGUACCCGCUGAAGGGGGGCGGGGCCCUGGCGUUCUGGCCACGCCUCCCCGCGGGCCCCACCCACCUGCGCUUCAGCCCCGACGGCAACCUCCUGUACGCUGGGGGGCGCAAGGACACUCACAUUCGCUGCUGGGACCUGCGGCGCCCUGAGCGCCCCCUGCUGGCCGCCGAGCGCAAAGUGACCACCAACCAGCGCCUGACCUUUGACCUCGACCCGUCGGGGAGGUUCCUGCUGGCAGGGGACACCGAAGGCUUCCUCAGCCUCUGGGACACUCUGAGCCCCCCCGGUCCGGGGGACCCUCCCCUGCUGCCCCCAACCCUCCGCUUCCGGGCACUGCACGACUGCAUCAACGGCACCAGCCUGCACCCAGGGCUCCCCCUGCUGGCCACGGCCUCGGGCCAGAGGCUGUUCCCCACCCCCUGGGCCGGGGACAGCGACAGCGACAGCGACGGCCAGCAGGGGGCACCCCCGGGAGGGGACAAUCGGCUCCAGCUCUGGUG